AUGUCGCGUUUAUGCGACAUGUUGGAUGUCCAAGAUUUGACGACCAAAUCAGAUGUGGGAAGUAUUGAGGGCACCUCCUGGUCCCUUAGCUCGGCAAAAACUGGACAUGGAGUUAUGCAGCUAAUGUCAGAAGACCUCGAUACACUCUGGCAGAGCGAUGGAUCACAACCUCAUAUGGUCAAUAUUCAUUUCCCCCGGCGAACACCCGUUACUCAUGUAUCUAUCUAUUUGGACUGUCAUCGUGAUGAUUCCUAUACCCCGACAAAAAUUCUAGUCAAAGCCGGUUCCCAUCCCUAUGAUUUGGUUGACGUUCGCUACCGCGAAUUCCUUGAACCACAAGGGUGGUUUCAUUUUGUGUUAGCGCCGCAAGCGGAUAUGGAGGCGGAGGAAUUUGAAGCCUCGCCUGGGUCAGCUCAGGCGACCCAAGCUCUUCACCCCAUUGACAUCUUUGUAUUACAAAUAUGCAUUCUGGGCAAUCAUCUCAACGGAAAAGAUACACAUAUUCGAUGCAUAAAAAUCUUCGGUCCCCCUGGACCGAGUGCUUUUUCUCUACGACACAGCAAAUCUAUGGAAGCGCCCCUGUUUACUGAGCGUCUCGUGCAACAAGGCAUGAAAACGGAGGCAUUUAGGCGACAGGUGGAACGUGUCGGUUACGAACGGGCUGUAGCGCAGCUCCAACGUAUCAUGAAACAAAAUUCACACAAGGCCCUAGAGUCCACUUCAUCUUCCUCGUCGUCUUCCACAGCGCAGAGGUCCCUCAUGACGUUAUCACAAACACUUCGGUAG